AGCCCAGUGAGUCCUUGUGAAGGCGACUGACGGGCAGAGAGUGAGUGAGCGAGCGAGCGAGCGAGCAAGAGAGAGAAGGGCUCGGAUUGAAACAUCCAGCCGUCUGACUCUCACUGGAAUAAUCUGAAACCAUCUCUGAACAAAUGGUCUGAAAGGAAAGAAACAUCUUAGAAGUUGGAAGCCUGUCUGUGCAUGUGUUUGUGAUGAAGCACCUGUGGGACGUUCACUUCCUCCUGCUCAUCCUCCUCUACCUGUUAGGAGCUGUCACAUCACAGGUCAACCCAGGUGUGUGUCGGUAUCCUCUGGGGAUGUCAGGAGGGCAGAUACAGGACGAGGACAUCUCUGCCUCCAGCCAGUGGUCCGAAUCCACCGCUGCGAGAUAUGGCAGGUUGGACUUUGAGGAGGGCGAUGGCGCAUGGUGUCCGGAGAUAACAGUCGAGCCAGACAGCCUGAAGGAGUUCCUCCAGAUUGACCUGCGCUCGCUCCACUUCAUCACCCUCGUGGGCACCCAGGGUCGUCAUGCGGGAGGCAUGGGUAAUGAGUUCGCCCAGAUGUACAAGAUUAAAUACAGUCGUGAUGGAAGCCGAUGGAUCUCGUGGAGAAACAGGCAGGGCAAGCAGGUGAUUGAGGGAAAUAGGAACGCCUACGACAUUGUACUCAAGGACCUGGAGCCACCCAUCAUCGCUCGCUUUGUCCGCUUCAUGCCCGUCACAGACCACUCCAUGAACGUCUGCAUGAGAGUGGAGCUCUACGGCUGUGAAUGGCUGGACGGUCUUGUGUCAUACAACGCUCCAGCAGGAGAACAGAUGAACUUGCCUGCUUACUCUGUUUAUCUCAAUGACUCCGUCUAUGAUGGAGCUGUCAUCUACAGUAUGACAGAGGGCUUGGGCCAGCUGACUGAUGGAGUGUGUGGUCGAGACGAUUUUUCAGACAGUCAUGUCUACAAUGUGUGGCCAGGGUAUGACUAUGUGGGUUGGAACAAUGAGAGCUUCCCCAGUGGAUAUGUUGAAAUCAUGUUUGAGUUCGACCGCACACGAAACUUUACCACCAUGAAGGUUCACUGCAACAACAUGUUCUUACGGCACGUCAAGGUCUUCCGCCAGGUAUUUUGUUACUUCCGCUCUGAAUCAGACUGGGAGGCCACACCACUCUCCUUCAGCCCCGUGGUGGAUGAGAAGAAUCUCAGCGCCCGUUUUGUCACGGUCAACCUGGCCAACCACAUGGCCAGUGCCAUCAAGUGCCAGUUCUACUUUGCUGAUGCCUGGAUGUUGUUCAGCGAGAUCACCUUCCAGUCAGAUACAGCCAUGUACAACACAACACUGGCUCCACCAAAGACAGAUCAACCACCUAGCAAGCCACCAGAAGAUGACCCCACCCACAAAGUAGAUGACAGCAACACCCGGAUUCUGAUUGGUUGUUUAGUGGCCAUCAUCUUCAUCCUUGUGGCCAUUAUUGUCAUUAUCCUGUGGAGGCAGGUGUGGCAGAAGAUGUUGGAGAAGGCCUCUCGCCGGAUGCUGGAUGAUGAACUAACUGCUAGUUUGUCAAUACAGAGUGAGACGUUUGUGUACAACCACAACCACAACCAGUCGAGUACAACCAGUGAACAAGAGUCUAACUCUACCUACGAGCGCAUCUUCCCCCUGGGUCCAGACUACCAGGAGCCCUCACGCCUUAUAUGCAAGCUGCCAGAGUUUGCACAGACCUCAGAGGAGGCUGCUUCUACCAGCACAGCAGCGUCCAAAUCAACCACAGCUACUGUAGUCCAAGAUGGGGUCCCUCACUACGCAGAGGCAGACAUUGUAAACCUGCAAGGCGUGACUGGAAGCAACACAUAUGCCAUCCCUGCACUAACUAUGGACCUGUUGUCAGGGAAGGAUGUUGCAGUGGAGGAGUUCCCGCGAAAACUGCUCAUAUUCAAAGAGAAACUGGGAGAGGGACAGUUUGGAGAAGUGCACCUGUGUGAAGCAGAGGGAAUGCAGGAGUUCAUGAAUAAAGAGUUUUUAUUUGACAUCCCUGAGGACCAGCCAGUUUUAGUGGCUGUGAAGAUGCUCCGUUCAGAUGCCAACAAAAAUGCAAGGAAUGACUUCCUGAAAGAGAUAAAGAUCAUGUCCCGUCUGAAGGACCCCAACAUCAUUCGCCUGCUUGCUGUGUGCAUCUACAGCGACCCUCUCUGUAUGAUCACAGAGUACAUGGAGAACGGAGACCUCAACCAGUUUCUGUCCCGCCACGAACCGGAGGGACAACUCGCUCUGCUCAGCAAUGCACCUACAGUCAGCUUCAGUAAUCUGUGCUACAUGGCCACUCAGAUCGCAUCGGGGAUGAAGUACCUCUCCUCUCUAAAUUUUGUUCAUCGAGACUUGGCCACGAGGAAUUGCCUGGUGGGCACGAAAUACACAAUAAAGAUAGCUGACUUUGGCAUGAGCAGGAACCUGUACAGUGGUGACUACUACCGCAUCCAGGGCAGAGCGGUACUACCGAUACGCUGGAUGUCAUGGGAGAGCAUCCUGCUGGGAAAGUUCACCACAGCCAGCGAUGUGUGGGCCUUUGGGGUGACUCUGUGGGAGAUACUAAACUUUUGCAAGGAGCAGCCCUACUCUCAGCUCACUGAUGAGCAGGUGAUAGAGAACACAGGGGAGUUUUUCAGGGACCAGAAAAGACAGAUCUACCUGCCUCAGCCUGUGCUGUGUCCGGACUCGCUCUACAAGAUCAUGCUGAGCUGCUGGAGGAGGAACACAAAGGAACGGCCGUCCUUCCAGGAAAUACAUCGAGCCCUCCUGGAAAUACAGCCUUAAAGUCAGGGCGAUGUUUAAGACAGUGCUCAUCUCUGAGAGAAAUGGUGCAUGACAAGAGUAGACCAUGGUGCAGACACAAUCCAGGUUUAAGCUAUCUUGUUUCAACUGAGAAACAAGGUGGGAGCCACCUGUGGGCUCUAAGCUACGAUUUGGGAAACACUGUUUCAUGGACUUGCACACUUCAAAGAUGGACUACCAGAGACAUUUGGUGUGUGUCAGUUUGAGUUUAAUUAGCAUGUUUGCUAAUUUGUUUUAUAGACAUAUAUUCUUAGAAAGUCUAUUCUGAUUUAUCGUACAUUUCCCAAAAACACACAAGAAAAGGACAUGAUGUUUGGUUGCGACGUGUGUUGCAGGAGCCAAAAUUAAAUGUAGCAAGUAACAUUCGGCACUUUUGAAUAUGUAUUUUAAGUUCCUUUUUUUUUUUUUUUUAAAUAUGAGUUUGAAUUUCCCAUUUUACAGUGUUUGAAGUAUUGAUGACAAACUUAUGCAGCAUUGUUGAGUAACUUUCUUGUGCUUUCUUUUGGAAGACUGCUUGAAUGUAGAGGGGAAAAGUGCAGCAAACCAUUACUGUCACAUUUUAUUUCAAGUAUUUCAUCUCAGUUUCUCAGACAAACUCCACACAUUUUUAAUAACAAAGAAAAUAUUACAUUAAUAGAACAUCUUUCUCACCUCCCUGCAGUUUUCCUAUACGGUGAUUUGAACAUGAAGUGUAUGACUGUGUAUUUUCAAUAGAUAAGUCUCAAAUAUCAAUAUUUUGUAUUAAUAUUUAUAUGUUCAUAUUUGUUCUGUUUCUGUUUUGUUGAUAUAUUUGUGUAUUAAUAUGUUCUUUGGAGUAUUAUAUUUGAUUGAAUGCAGUACUUCUCCUCAUAUUCUGGAUCUACACAACGACAACUACUACAGUAAAUAUUUUUUCCCCACUGCAAACUGUCAAGAAUUGAUCACAAACUAAUAUCAGCAUCAUGCUGCUUGAUUAUUGAUCGUGUAAGAGGCUUAUCAGGAGGCUGUCUAAGCUGUUUUGUCCAUGUUGGGUCAACAGUAUGUGUGCAUGGAGAGAUGUUGGGCGUGUUAAACAUGUUAAUGCAUGUGUGCUUAUAGUUUGUCUGUGUUGAAAGAGAAAGUAAAUGGUAUUUUGAAUCAGGAAUGUAGACGAAACAGGAAUAUUCAACAUAAAUCAUGUGUUUAAUUGGAACGAUGGAAUUUGUAUGACUGCUACAGAUCAUCACUUUCACAGCAGAUUAUACUGUAUUAGAUCAUAAAAACACAACUAAUGACUCAUCUACAAGCUGUAGUAAUCAGCAGUUUGCUCUUUCUUUUAUUCAUGUAUGCUGGAGUCUUCAUUUUGUCUUCUUUUCUAGCAUAAUUCUGUGUGUAACUACCACUGUUUCAGUCAGUUCAGCUGUAUUUACAGCCUUUUUAUCAGAGACCUUUGUCCCAUUUACAGUACCUUCCAUAAAAUACACUUAUGCCUCCUGCCCUAAUGCACGGCAUUUUCAUCUUUUAUGUAGAGGUAAUUUUUUUCUUUCCUUACUUUGUGAUCUAUGAAAAAUAUCUGCACAAGUAGAUAAAUAGUUGAUAAUUGUUUUGCAAAUAAAUUUGUGUAUUUCAAAUUCCUAAUGGACAUGAGGCAUGUGGUGAUUUUCACUGGAUGAAAGAGCAUUUUCAUGGCAUUUACAAUCCUCUCAGUGAUAUAAAUGAAUUGGACGUAGAUGUAUAGCUGUAAAAAUAUUAUUGCACCUGAACAAAUUCAUGAUUUGUUUGGUUUUAUUACACCUUUGUACUCAAAUGUUUGUUUUUCAGUGAAAAUGUUUUUUUAUAUACGUGUAAACAAAAGUUGUACAUUGAUAGACAAAAUACAAAUAAAACCAAACAGGGAAUUCUA